GCCAGAUAGAUAAGUGUAUUCAUGCCUCGACAGAUGGUGCUAGAUAUUAUCUUGUGCUCAGAUCCGUUACCUACAGCGGCCUCAUGAAACACGCCCGAAAGUAUCACACAACGUAUAUCCCAACUUCACCCGCAAUUCCUCUUAUAAGCACCAGCGAUAUCACCAGCGAUGUCAUCAGCGCUAUUGAUCAAGGAUGUUCGUAUCUUCGACGGCGAAAAUGAAAUUCCGUCCGGCAGCGUGCUCGUAGAGGAUGGCUUGAUCAAAGAAGUGUCUAAAGGAGCAUUGGAAGCGCCGAAUGCAUCGACGGUCGUUAUUUCGAAGCCGGGGCAUACGUUGAUUCCUGGAAUUAUCGAUGGGCACAUCCACGCCCACAUUGACGAGGAAAACACGGUCCUGGGACAGGCAUUGAAAUUCGGCGUCACCACCGUCUGUGACAUGCAUCAGGAAGUCGAGAACCUCGCCGAAUUGAGAAACCGAGCUCUCAAUGAUCCUAACUCUGCCGACUUCAAGACUGCGAGCCAAGGUGCCACCGUGCUAGGAGGAUGGCCUGCAGCUGUUAUCACCGCUCAUGAUAAAUCUGAAGAGACGCUAGCUAAGGUUGCAGCUUGGCCGGAUCUAAAGAAUAGGGCUGAUGUCGAGGCUUUUAUUAGGGAUCGUAUCGAAGAUAAGGCGGAUUAUAUAAAACUGAUGCACGAAGAUGGUAACGGGUUGUCUGUGAAGCCGACCUUGCCGUCGUUAGAAUUGCAAAAAGAUGUCAUUGAGAUUGCUCACCGAAACGGCCUUCUCGCAGUUGCCCAUGCGACGAGUCUUCAGGGGACGUUGGACGUCUUGCGUCUUGGUAUCGACGGGUUAACUCACACUUUCUGCGAUCAGCCACCUACUCAGGAGGUUAUCGAUGCGUACCUGGCCAGCAAUGCACAUUGCAAUCCAACCUUAGUAGCGCUGGGAAGCCUAACAACUGAAGGUCAGCAAGAGCAAGAAAGCUACGCUCACGAUCCUCGGGCAUCAAAAUUCUUGAAUUCACAAGGCAAGCAGAACCUCUGCAGAUGUAUGGCACUUGCGAACGACAAAUCAAGGGUCAAAUACGCCUACCAGAGCGUCCGAGAGCUGAAAGCAGCGGGGAUUGAUGUUAUUCUUGGCUCAGAUUCCGCUGGCCCUGCGCUUGGAACCGCUUUUGGACUUUCCGCACAUCAUGAACUAGCUACUCUGGUUUCUAAGUGUGGGUUUACUCCCGAAGAAGCGUUGAGAGCUGGUACUUCGUUGGUCGCCAAGAGGUUGCGCUUGAAGGAUAGGGGUAGGAUCGUGGAAGGGCUGAGGGCGGAUUUGGUCUUGGUAGAGGGAAACCCUCUCGAGGAUAUUGAUCAUACGCUCGAUCUUCGAGGUGUCUGGAAGCAGGGCAUGCUUUGUUCCGCAUAUGAUUCUCUCGUGGCGUAGGUAGGUAGUGAAACGGCUCUGGUGUAGGUGCAAUCGAGCGUGGAUAUUGUCGGUUUACUUAAAAUAGGAAAGGUUUCGGUGCGACCGGUCGCUCUUGAUGAAUGGGUGCCGUCUUGUAUCUAGCCUAACAUCGUGAUUAGUAUAACAACGCAACCUUCCUGUCGCCGGCGGUGUCGCGAAAGAAAAAGACAAUGGAAUAACGAAAUAAUGACAAGCGGACCAAAAGAAAAAGAGGAAAACUAGGGGAUUCAAGAGAGUCGCCGCUGGAGUUGCCUAAUUAGGCAAGUUCAUCGGCGCGUUCACGAUGCUCAAUCUCUGUCUUAGCCUAGGUAUAUUGUGAGCAAUGGUCUUCUACUUACUCUCCCCUUUAUUUUGUGGCACGACCGGCGACGAUGUUUAUAGAAUUAUCUAUGUAGAAACUCGACUGUGGCGA